UUAAAUCUGAAACACCCUAUAUAGAACGCAUUGUUCUAUUUUUACACGCAUACUUUGCUGUUGCAAUACUUAUAUAAUGCCGGUUGAUCAAAAACGCAUUAACGGACCAGAAGCUUCUGUUCCGUAUAAUAUCUAUAUCCAUUCCGAAGUGAAGGACAAGGGGAUACAACCUAAUGCUUCGAAAAGGCACGACGGACGAUCAAACAAGGAGCUUAGAAAUAUAUUUUUAAAAACAGGUAUAAUUAGUCAGGCUAAAGGUUCUGCGUACAUCGAAUUGGGCAAUACCAAAGUCAUAUGUUCAGUAUUCGAUCCUAGAGAAUUGCCCAAUAAAAGUGGUUAUUGCGUGCAAGGGGAACUGUUUUGUGAAUUCAAAUUUGCACCCUUUUCUCAUCACAAACGGAAACUGCAUCAGCAAGAUGCCGAAGAGAAAGAAUACAGUUUAAUAUUGCAAAGAGCUCUGGAACCAGCAGUGUGUUUGCAAGAGUUUCCCAAUUUCCAAGUUGAUGUAUACGCAACAGUUCUUGACAAUGGUGGUUCUGCAUUGGCUGCAGCGAUAAUGGCAGCUAGUUUAGCUUUAGCAAACGCCGGUGUGCCAAUGUUUGGUCUAGUCACUGCGUCCACUGUUGGCAUAUACGGUAAUACGUAUUUAGUGGAUCCAACAGACACGGAAGAAUCCUUUUGUUAUACAAAAUCUGUACCAGGCACAGCUCAUGAUCAUGGGAUUAUAAUACAAGCUGCUCUUCCGCAACAUGGCCAAAUUUCUGAAAUGUUUGUAGUGGGAAGCAUCGAUACAGAUACUAUUUUACAUUCCAUGGAUCUUUUAAGCGAAGCUCAUAAGGAUAUAUGUCCCUUGUUGGAACAAUGUCUUGUAAAGACUGUAUUCAAAGCAUUUCGUCCAUGUAUUAAAAAAACGGAUACAAAAUAAAGAAGAUAUAUAGUAUUUAAAUU